AUGAAACGUAGAAUUGGACCAGAACUGCACCAAAAGCCUCGAAAACGUGUCACAAGACAGGAUCCGGUAUCUUGUGAAUCAUGCAGGCGCAAAAAGCUGAAAUGUAACCGGCAACAGCCAUGCAGUAGUUGCGUCACUCGGAGACUGCCAUGCAGCUAUGCUAUUGCGCCGGCCGCGGCGGACACACAUAAUGUAGGAUCGGAAGAUGGAAGCCGAAGGGAGGCAACUGUCCUUGGCCAGGGAAACACACCCGAGCUUCAGGAGAUGCGAAGUGCGGAUACACACCCUGCUACGAACCCUCAGCCAUCGUACCGCAGCCGAGAAUCAUUGAUGACAGCGGACUGGCUGGAGAACAUUCAUAUGGGUCAACGAGUGCCAACAGCCACACCAAAGUUGCUGAGAGAUGAACUCGAUGAGCUGCGGAAUAAGGAUGAUUUUGCUCCUCCGGGAACGCUGCUCCCGGUUUCCUGCCGAAGUUGGAACGCCUCUCGGGAGGAUCCUGCGGCAGUCAAUUUGCUAUCGUUUCUCCCCCAUAAGCACGAGGCUAUGGCACUGUUUCGAUACUAUACUAACUGUAUUGACUACCUCUAUCAUAUCAUAUUUCCUAGGCGCGUGGAGGAUCAGAUAGAUGGUAUCUACCGAGCCAUUGAAAGAGGCCAACCGCCUAAUUUGAAUCACUUAGCCCUCUUUUUCAGUAUUGCCGCCAGUUCGUUGUUUUUGCAACUAUCCGUGGAGUCUUCUAUUCAUGCAGAGCUUUGCAGUCGCGAGUUUUCGUUUUUGACCGGCGCCGCCCUGAUUCAAAGCAACUACCCAGUCAAUCCCACGGUCGAGGGCUUACAAGCAGCAAUGGUCAUCAUGCACCAUGCAUCCAAUAUAAGCUGCCAUGCAUCAGUCAGUGGUCUUUUCGUUCAUGGCGCAGUUAUUAGCCAAGCAAAGAAUCUCAAGCUGCAUUGCAUCGAUUCACCGCGAUUACGAGAGGAAAGGGAGGCUAAUUCAUUUGAUGUGGUGGAGCUAGAGACAAAGAGGCGGCUUUGGUGGGAUAUCGCAUCAUACGACUGGUUUCUCGGGUUCCUAAGCGGUCCUCAAGAGUGGACCUAUCUGAUUAACCCAGAGCACAUGAGGGUAGACCGACCACUCAAUCUUGAUGAUGACGAGUUUGAGGGAUAUGGUGGAUUGUCGCGACCGAGCUCGAUACCAACGGACAUGUCUUUCUCUCUCGAGCGACUUAAGCUUGGUAUCGUGUGCCGUGAAGUCAUUGACGCUACGUCCCAUGAGCACCUAUAUGGAAUAGAAGUCAGCUACCCGAAGAUUCUUGAACUUGACCGAAAGUUUCACCAAGCCCUUGCUGAGAUACCAGAAUUCUUCCGCCUUGACCCAACGUCCAGGCGUCGAUUCGCCUCCCUGUACCAGAGCCGACCAACAAUUGCAUGGCAAAGAUGUCUCCUACAACAAGGCUACUUUUCACGCUUGUGCCGUCUGCAUCGGCAAUUUUUUAUCCGCGGAGCUCGUGAGCCACUUUAUUCCUAUUCCCAUAUUGUAUGCCUUCAAUCAGCCCGAAAGGUACUGGAGAUCAAAAAGAUCAUGGACGAAGACGAACCAAAGUUCACACCGCCAAGCUCAGUGGUCUGGUCCGUUAUGCACCACGUAUUCAUGGCUGCUGUGAUCUUGCUGCUGGAUGUGUGCUUCAACUGGGACGAUAUUCUAGCUGAGAAGCGAAAGGAGGAAGUGCUUGAUGCGUGUCGCAUGCUAAGAAACGCUCAGCUAUCGUCUUCACUAGUGAAAGAGGGUAUCAAUGCCAUGAUGGGUGUGCUACAAAAGCACUGGAAACAUGGCAAGCUGGCUGCUUCUCCAAACCGCAAUUCCUUUGCCAGUGUAAACCCGGCCGGUCAGGAUGCGCCGAGGCAGCCCUUGCCUUCCACGUCUGCAGCCAGCUAUACACCAGCAACCACGAUCGAAUUGGAUCCACCGGGUGACUUACCUAAUACUUUGGAUGAUACGGGCGAGAGGCAACUGGAAGAUAUAUGGUCUGAGAUGCUCGACAAUAGUGCUAACCUCGACCUGGGAGAUACUGAUUGGACUGGGUUGUUGACCGAGUUGACUAAUGCCACUAUGUCUGGUUGA